CUGGAUAGCUUUUCUUUUCGCCUGAGUUCUGAUCUGCUUUGAGUUCAUUUGGACAGGAGAUUUAAGAAAAAUUUAAAUUAGCAAUUAUUAUUUUUAAAUAUAUCAAUAAUGAUUCUGCAUAAUUCUCCCCUCCUUCUUCCGUCCUCACAAUGCCUGCCAAGAUGCUUACUCAAUGCCGAGAAAACCGUGCAUUUCAAAGGAGAAAAAGAAGAAGAAAAAGAAAUGGCAACACAUCUUGUGCCUCUGAAAAGAACAUUGACUUGUUCACUGGAGAGGAUACAAUGUUUCAGAGAGGCUUUUACCCCAAAGUUUUUCACUGGCCUUGUGGCUUCAGUAAUGGUUCUAACCCCAUCCAAUUGGGUCAUCGCUGAAGAAUCACCUCAAAAGAAUAAUUUAUGCCAGCUUGCCUCUGCGAUGGGGAGUGGGGCAUCUCUUAAACUUGACGAGGAAACAAAUGGAGAAAUUGGGAAUCUAAUGAUGAGAGGAAUGACUGCUAAAAAUUUCGAUCCAAUUCGAUAUUCCGGAAGGUGGUAUGAAGUAGCAUCACUUAAACGUGGAUUUGCAGGCCAGGGACAAGAAGACUGCCAUUGUACACAGGGAGUAUAUUCAUUUGAUGCUCAGACCCCUUCAAUCCAAGUUGAUACAUUUUGUGUGCACGGUGGCCCUGAUGGAUAUAUUACUGGUAUAAGGGGAAGGGUUCAGUGCCUUGCUGAGGAAGAUUUGGAGAAAAAUGAAACUGAUCUGGAGAGACAAGUUAUGAUCAGAGAGAAGUGUUACCUUCGAUUUCCUACUUUGCCAUUUAUUCCCAAGGAGCCAUAUGAUGUGAUUGCUACGGACUAUGACAAUUUUGCUCUCGUAUCUGGGGCAAAAGACAGAAGUUUUAUUCAGAUCUACUCACGGACUCCUGAUCCAGGGCCUGAGUUCAUUGAGCGAUAUAAGUCUUACCUCGCAAACUUCGGAUAUGAUCCAAACAAAAUCAAAGAUACUCCCCAAGAUUGUGAAGUUAUGUCUUCUGGUCAAUUGGCCUUGAUGAUGUCGAUGUCAGGUAUGCAAGAAGCUCUGACAAAUCGAUUUCCUGAUCUUGAAUUGAAGGCACCCAUUGCACUUAACCCCUUCACAAGCAUUAUAGACACCCUGAAGAAGCUUCUUGAGCUCUAUUUCAAAUGAUUCUGUUGAUUUUGUUUCAAAUAACUGGAAAGUUUGUGGAAAUCUGUGGGCAGAAUGGCUGGUAACUCAUUUUCGAGGAAGCUCAAAUUGCUAAAAUAUUUAUCUUCCAUUUAUAAUCAUGUUUAGUCCAGGAACAAGAAACACAAGAAUUCCAUUUUCUUUUCAAUUAUACCUUAUGGCUCCAUGUUUUCUAAUAUGAUACCUAAGGAGAAAUGCAAAUAGCGUUGUGUUGCUUUGUA